AUGCCUCCCACACCGACACCCAGCCAUGCCUCCCACACCGACACCCAGCCAUGCCUCCCACACCGACACCCAGCCAUGCCUCCCACACCGACACCCAGCCAUGCCUCCCACACCGACACCCAGCCAUGCCUCCCACACCGACACCCAGCCAUGCCUCCCACACCGACACCCAGCCAUGCCUCCCACACCGACACCCAGCCAUGCCUCCCACACCGACACCCAGCCAUGCCUCCCACACCGACACCCAGCUGUGCCUCCCACACCGACACCCAGCCAUGCCUCCCACACCGACACCCAGCUGUGCCUCCCACACCGACACCCAGCCAUGCCUCCCACACCGACACCCAGCCAUGCCUCCCACACCGACACCCAGCCAUGCCUCCCACACCGACACCCAGCUGUGCCUCCCACACCGACACCCAGCUGUGCCUCCCACACCGACACCCAGCUGUGCCUCCCACACCGACACCCAGCCAUGCCUCCCACACCGACACCCAGCUGUGCCUCCCACACCGACACCCAGCCAUGCCUCCCACACCGACACCCAGCCAUGCCUCCCACACAUACACCCAGCUGUGCCUCCCACACCGACACCCAGCCAUGCCUCCCACACAUACACCCAGCCAUGCCUCCCACACCGACACCCAGCCAUGCCUCCCACACCGACACCCAGCUGUGCCUCCCACACCGACACCCAGCUGUGCCUCCCACACCGACACCCAGCUGUGCCUCCCACACCGACACCCAGCCAUGCCUCCCACACAUACACCCAGCUGUGCCUCCCACACCGACACCCAGCUGUGCCUCCCACACCGACACCCAGCUGUGCCUCCCACACCGACACCCAGCUGUGCCUCCCACACCGACACCCAGCUGUGCUGCCUCUCCCGACACCCAUCAACAUAG